AUGGCGCUCAAUGCCCUUGACAUGCGCACCAGGGCACCGAGACUGAGAUGGUCCUCGGAAACGAGGAAGUUCUUGUGCUGUCUGGUCAAGUAUUUUGACAAGGAUAACUCUGGCUUCCAAGCCGUGUUCAAUGCUCGUUUUAGAAAAGAGCUUACCGAGUCUGGCUUCAAGGAGGAAGAGUUUAUCAAGUGGGACACACUCAAUAGCCAGUGGGCAGAUAUGAAGUUCAAGAAAGACUCCAUUUGGAAGGACAUACACCAGUCAGAUUCUAGUCCCGAGGCGUGGCUGCCUUACAUUAAAACGAUUGAAGACACUGCAGCCUCGAUCGGUCAGCAUCUAGACAGGAAAUUGCUCAUCAGUGUCGAAACUUCGGAGUUUACUUACCAGACUCCCGUCCCUCGUGCAGAGACAGACGCCGAAAGACAGCUGUUCCAGGCGGAAAUUUCCAUCGAGCCCCCUCGCGUUCAUGCAGACCCUGUGCAGGAUUUAGCCAACGAUCCCUUUGAAAACACCACUUUGCAGCAAAAGGAUACCAAACACGCAUUAAGCCAGCCCGAGCCUGUGCCGCUUUGCAGGCCUGGAACCAAGUGUUAUUGGUGCGAUAUCGAAAGUCUCAACGAAAAAGCAAUCAACGGGGCAGGUGGCACGCAGCUUCCUCCGCUGCUAUACCGGUGGUGGAACGUCAAGUCACAAGGGCUCAAUUUGGAGAACUCAUUCGUCGCCGGAAUGUUUGCAAGCCUGCUCGAGGGCUAUUUUGAACCAGACACGAUCACCGAGGAUGAGUUUGAUAACCUCUUUGAAAGUCACAUUCGGCGCAAGCAAUUACCGUCUCCCUUCAUUUCAACCUUUCAAUCCAUGCUUGCACCGGUGCACCGGGGACUGAGGGAGGGAAAAGGCGCCUCAAUAGCCAUAUUCGACUCGAGAAGAAUAACGUCUAAGGUCUAUUCUGCCCGCAGCUUUGUCGAAAAGCACAAGCUAAGGGGCAAAAUAGGGCGGACUUACCAUGGUGGCGGGGAGUACUUGAUAUGGGGUUGGAUCAACAAUGCUGUUAUUUGUAGCUUUGAGGUUGCUACAAUUCUUUCUAUUGCUGCUCAGCAUCAAGAUAUCCACGAAUUCUUGCAACUGGACCUGAUUUCCAGCUUUCCUAGAGCCAGAUGGCCCCUACACCAGGCCAUGGCCAAAGGUGCUUUAUUCUUGGACAAGCAGGCGGGAGCUACGGUUGGAAAACUUCUGUCCCUUUUGGAAGUCCCGCAGGAAUUCUGCCGCACCGUCAGUGAAGGAAUUGCAUAUUCGUGGAGGAUGAAAAAUAAGCACAUCCCUUGGGGAGACUUCUUCUAUGGCGUUGAGCUCGGUUACAGGGGCGAACCGGUCAUGGCCGCAUUACGCACGCCUGAGAACACCCCUGAGUCAAAUGGCGGCAUCCCUUGCGGUAGAUUUGACUCCGAGUUUGAGAUAAUUGACCUAUCAUCUGAUGACGAGGGCAACGGGUCGGACGCCACUACUGACUACCCGGACAAAGACAACGAGCACGACAAAGACGUGGUCGAGCCUAUGGACGAAAGUCGAAACGCCGUCGCCAUCUCCCCGGCGCGGCGGGAAUGCUAA